CUUAGAAUAAAUAUACAUUUCAUCCCUUAUCUCUUCUCCUCAUGACUUUGUUUGAUUGAAUAGCCCUUUUUUCAAAAAUGCAUCCCAACACAUCUCCACCCUCAGAAGAAACUAAUAUUGAAAUUUCUCCUGAAACACCUAUCAUAUCAAAACAACCCAAAAAUCAACAUCCUCUUAGAACAAGAUCAUCAAGAAAGUUAGCAAUACUUAAGGUUGAUGACCAACAAAAGACCAAACCAAUUGUAUGGUUUGCUGCAAUACUAUGUUUCAUAUUCAGCUUUACACUUAUCUUCUUUGGAAUUGCAACAAUUAUUUGUUACCUUACACUCAAACCAAGCAACCCUUUAUUUGAUAUUUCUAAUGCAAGCCUAAAUGUUGUAUAUUUUGACUCAAAACAAUACUUCAAUGGUGAUUUCGCUCUUCAAGCAAAUUUUUCUAAUCCCAAUAGAAAAGUUCAUGUGAAGUUUGAGUCUUUAUAUAUUCAACUUUUCUACUCAAAUAGGGUCAUAGCAUCACAAUCAAUCAAGCCUUUUACUCAGAAGCCAAAGGAAACUAGAUAUGAAACGGUAAGGUUUAUAUCAACUUUGCUUUUUAUGCCUCAAGAAGUUGGUGUGAGACUUCAAAGGGAAUUGCAAAACAAUAGGUUGAGUUGCUAUGCAAAGGGAACAUUUAAGGUGAAGGUUAAUAUGUGGAUUUUACAUUCAUCUUUUUGGCUUCAUAGUGUGUGCCAGAUUGAGAUGACUGGUCCACCAAAUGGUUCUCUUGUAGCUAGACAAUGCAUAACAACUCGAUGAAGAGGGAGGGUAGAUUUUAUUUAAUGUUUUCUAGUUUAUAUACUAUUCGAAUAUAUAUUGUAUAUUAAUCA